AUGUCUGUUCCAUUGACUUUAAGUACACCUAUUUUAUAUAUUGUUUCAAACUUAGGUUCAAAGUGUUAUUCGAAUGUCGACAGAAACUAUUAUGACCAAAAGAUACUUAUGCGUAUAAACAAUACUUUCUCUGCUGGUUUGCCUAUUGUUCAUUCGAAUGCAGAGUUUUCAGCUUUAGUAAACUCAAACACUUUAGCAAACAUAAACUUAACCUUAGUUGACGCAAACUUUGUUCCUGUAAAACUUUUAUGUCCUAUGUAUUUGUCAAUGACGGCAGAAAGUUUCGAAUUGGAAGAUGCAACUGGUGAAAGUAUUGUAUUACAAGAACAACUUCAACAACAAAUAGCUCAAGAACAACAAAUGCAACAAAUGGAACAAAUGCAACAACAAAUAGCUCAAGAAUAA